ACCGUGUUGGUUACUGAACACAUGGGACGGUGGUGGACAGCGUGUGUACGCAGCUGAAAUCUGUUGUCCUCCUUGUCCACUGCCUCCAUUUGUCUCUUACGUUAGGAUGGAGGCUAAAUCCAAAAAACCCUUUUCUCCUAAAGGAGGGAAGAAACUAACACAAAAAGGAAAAGAUGCCAUAGGGACCAAACUCGGUGGAAAACCUGGCGGUAAAAAACCGUUCAAACCGUACAACAACACAGAGAGGAAGGGCAAGCCAGGGAAGGGAGGAGAUGGAGGAAAUAAAGAACGAAAGUUUGCUUUCUCCAAAGCCGGGACGGGGCCGCCGAAGAGGAAAGCGCCAUUCAAAGGGAAAUAUAAAGAAGAUGAAGAAGGUGGAGGUCCAGCGGCGAAGAAGAUGAAGGAAGGCGAGUUUAAGCCGAAGACGAAGGAGCUGACGGAGGAGGAGAUGAAGAAGAACCGGCAGCAGAGGAAGAAGGAUCUGAAGAAGAGCAGGCAGCAGGCGGAGAGGAAGGACAUGUUCCAGAUCAUCUGUCAGUGCAAACAAGUGUGGGGAAACCUCAGGAGGAAGAACUGCGACAACGACUUAAAGAAGAAACUGAUGGAGGAGCUUCUCGAUCUGAUCCAGGGGAAGAUCAAACAGAUGGCGUACGCUCACGACUCGGUGCGAGUGCUUCAGUGCUUCAUCCAGUUCGGCAGCCACGAGCAGAGACAGGGAGUGUUUGAGGAGCUCAAAGACGACAUCAUCGCUUUGUGCAAGUCGCAGUACGGCAAACACGUGGUGAAAAAACUGCUGAUGUACGGCAACAAGGAGCUGGUGGCAGCUGUGAUGAAAACAUUUAAAGGUCACGUGCGGCCGAUGCUUCGGCACGCCGCCGCCUCGUCCAUCAUCGAGUACGCCUACAACGACAAAGCCGUGCUCGCGCAGAGACUCAUGCUCACUGAGGAGCUUUAUGGGAACACCUUCACCGUCUGCAAGUCGUCGGUGUGCAACACCAUCGAGAAAGUUGCAGAGGCGAACCCGGAGAAGAUGAACAACAUCAUCGACGAGAUGAAGCAGAUUCUCACCCCCAUGGCCCAGAAAGAACAAGUGAUCAAACACUCUCUGGUCCACAAAGUCUUCCUGGAUUUCUUCCUAUUCGCAGCCGACAAACAGCGAACGGAGAUGAUCGAGUCCAUCAGAGAGUCGGUCGUCUACAUGGCUCACACACACGACGGAGCACGAGUGGCGAUGCACUGUCUGUGGCACGGGACGGCCAAGGACAGAAAAGUUAUAAUCAAAACGAUGAAGACGUACAUGGUGAAGUUUGCCACGGGAGAGUUUGGUCACCUGGUUCUUCUGGCCAUUUUCGACUGUGUGGACGACACCAAGCUGGUCAAACAGGCCGUGCUCUCAGAGAUCUUGUCGUCUCUGGAUGAGGUCAUCGGCAAUAAAUACGGGAAAAAGGUUUUGUUGUACCUGCUGAGCCCCAGAGAUCCCGCUCACCUGCUGCCAGAGAUCAUCAAGGUGCUGGAGAAAGGAGACGGAAACGCACACAGUAAAAAGGACAUGGCGACUCGGAGGAAGGAGCUGCUGGAAGUCGUCUCCCCCCCGCUGCUGGAGUAUCUCCGUGACAACGCUGCCACUAUGGUGAUGGACAAGGCGUCCAGCGUCACCAUCAGUGACAUCCUGGCGUCAGCGUGCGGGGACCUGCGACCCGCCAUGACGGCUGUUGCUCAGCUGGCUAAUCACGAGUUGGUGCCCGGAGGGAUUGAUGGACAGCUUCACAUGGCGGAGCAUCCAGCAGGACACCUGGUGCUGAAGUGGCUCAUGGAGCAGCAGGACAUGACGCUGGCAGAGGCCGGCAAGGAAGAGCGGUUCGGCAGGAUACUGGUGGACACAGUGGGAACAGACAAUCUGAAGACCUGGGUCAGAGUCAACAGAGGGGCCAUGGUGCUCUGCAGCCUCCUGAACAGCUGUGACAAGUCUGUGGCCGCAGACGUGAAAGCAGCGCUGGAGUCCAUCAAAUCAGAGCUCAGCAGCAUCAGCAACAACAAAGGAGCUGAAAUCCUGCUGGAGAAUCUCAACAAAUAGACUUUUUUUUCUUCAAACAGACUGGUGAUAUUGAUGCAUCACUCCCUGUGCAGCUGUGGGUAUUUUCCCAUCAAACGCCGACAAGACUGCGAGUGUCUGUAGCUGCAAAUGGGAACGAUUUCAGGAAGUGGACACGACCUGGAACACUUUUGUCCGUCCGUGAUAGAAAAAUGGACGUGAAUUUGUAUUUCUGUCUGUAAAUAAACAUGUUUGCAAGUGAUGCUAUGAGAAAACUGGUCAAAAUACACAGAUGCUGCUUGAUUGCAGGAAGCAACAUUACACGUAAUGUACACUUGUAACAUGCGACUUGUUUUUUUUUUCAAUCGCUUUAAGUGAAACUCAACAUUUCUUUCGCAAUAAAAGCACACGUGGUAAAAGCACUAUGCCCUUUGAGCUGCUUUUAGAGUGAAACAUCUGCAGAAGUGUUGGGUUUGACUGUAGCUUAAUUUAAAAAAAAACACGUGUACAAUUAAUGAGCAAUUAACAGCAUUUCAAUUACAAAUUAACAAAGAAAAACCAAAAUUGAUGAUUGGUGAUUUGAGUGAACUGGCCCUUUAACGCAGUGAAUACAAACCGCAGCACAGGUUCUAGCUGUGCAAUGGUCCUGAUCGUUGCACAGGUUCUAGCUGUGCAAUGGUCCUGAUCGUUUGUGCCACCCUGUUUCAGAUGUUUAUUCCAAGAUUUUGUACCUUGUGAGGAAUAAUUGUACCAACUAAAAACACAUGUUUGCAAUAAUAAAGAUUAUUCUAAUUACUAAA